AUGAGGACAUCGGCAGUUCUUUCGCUAGUCGGCCUGGCAACGGCGGCGUUCGCCUCGGACGUUGUCGACCUCACCGGCACGACUUUCCCCGACUUCGCAGCGCAAGAUCUGACUUUGAUUGAGUUCUUCGCUCCCUGGUGUGGACACUGCAAGGCGCUCGCUCCUCACUACGAGGAGGCCGCCACAAUCCUCAAAAAGGACAAGAUCCCCAUCGCCAAGGUUGACUGCACUGUGGAGUCGGACUUGUGCUCGUCGCAGGGCGUCAAUGGCUACCCCACGCUCAAGGUGUUCCGUAAGGGUGUCCCUGCCGAGUACGGUGGCACGCGGAAAACGGACGGCAUCGUCUCGUACAUGAAGAAGCAGGCGCUCCCCGCCGUUUCGGACGUCACGGCCGAGAACCACGACGAGUUCAAGACCGCCGACAAGGUCGUCCUCGUCGCCUACGUCGACGAGUCCGACUCGAAGACGCAGAAGACGUUCCGCGACUUCGCCGACCAGUACCGCGACGACUACCUCUUCGGUCUCUCGACUGACGCUGCUGCCAUCGCCGCUGCCAACGUCAAGCCUCCCGCGGUCGUCAUGUACAAGACGUUCGACGAGGGCCGCAACGAGCUCGAGGGCAAGAUCUCGAGCGACUCGCUCCUCACCUUCGCCAAGGAGCACUCGGUCCCGCUUCUCGACGAGAUCUCGCCCGACAACUUUGCCACCUACGCCGAGGCCGGUAUCCCCCUUGCCUACAUCUUCGUCCCCGCCAACGACCCCAAGCGCGAGGAGAUCGUCAAGGCCAUCGAGCCCGUCGCGCGUGAGCACAAGGGCAAGAUCAACUUUGUCUGGAUCGACUCGAACAAGUUCGCCGACCACGCCAAGUCUCUCAACCUCCAGGAGCCGACCUGGCCCGCGUUUGCCAUCCAGAACAUCCAGGCCAUGACCAAGUUCCCUCUCGACCAGUCCAAGACCGUCGACUUUGCCACCGUCUCGUCGUUCGUCAAGGACUUUGCCAACGGCAAGAUCCAGCCCUCGAUCAAGAGCCAGAAGACCCCCGCCGUCCAGGACGAGCCCGUCUACGUCCUCGUCGCCGACGAGUUCGAGAAGGUUGUUGCCGAGGACAAGGACCUCCUCGUCGAGUUCUACGCCCCGUGGUGCGGACACUGCAAGAAGCUCAAGCCCACCUGGGACACCCUCGGCGAGCGCUACUCGAACGCCAAGUCGAAGAUAACCGUCGCCAAGUUUGACGCGACCGAGAACGAUAUCCCCUCGUCGGCUGGCUUCCGCGUCGCCGGCUUCCCUACGAUCAAGUUCAAGGCCGCCGGCUCGUCCGAGUGGAUUUCGUACGAGGGCGACCGCUCGCUCGAAAGCUUUGUCGAGUUCCUCGAGGCCAACGCGACCAACGACAUCAACUCGCCUGACGACGAGGAGGCUGAGCUCGAGGGCGAGAGCGAGGUCAAGUCGGGCCGCCACGACGAGCUUUAA